AUGUUUAAGUUCUUAAUUAAUUCAAUUCGUUUUGAAUAUAAUAAUAUUUCUUAUAGUUAUUUUAUAAGAAUGUUUACUCAUAGUAAUUUUAUGAGUAAUAAUAAUAAUAAUAGUAAUAAUAAUACUAAAUUAGAGAUUAUUGAUACUAGUUUAAAGUAUAGUUUAUAUUUUAAAUUAUCUUCUUUUAGUAGAGCUACUCUUGAAACUGAAUUAUUAAAGUUAAUACCUAGUGAUAAUCUUAAUAGAUAUUUUAAUGUUUCUUGUGUAUUGUAUACUGAUUUAGGUAAUGGUAUGGGUGAUUCUUUUUAUACAGUUAACACUGAGAGUGUAUUAGUUAAUAUACAUAAUAUUAGUGAUGUAUAUGAUACUAUCUUUUUAAGUUUAGAUAGUAUGGUUGAUAAUUAUGGUUGUGAUUAUUCUUCAUUAGUUAAAGAUAUUAAAAAUUGUGAUAGUUAUAUAAAGGUUAAUUUAAAUGAAAAUUUAGAAGUAAUUAAGUAUAUAAAUGAGAAUUCAAUAAUAACUAAUAAUAUAUCUAAUAGUAUAAGAUCUACUGAUUAUAAUAAUAUUAAAACAUCAUUUGAACGUAAGAAAAUACCUCUUUGUUUUGAUAUUGGUUCUGUUAGUAAUUUAAUAGAUAAGUCUAAUUUAGGUAAUGUAUAUUCUAGAUUCUUAAUUAAUGCAUGUAAUAAUAAUUUAAUAAAUUAUGUUAUAAAUGAUAAAAAUAAAUUGUUAACUGAAAUGAAAUCUGUAUUUAAUAAUGAGAAUAGUAGUCUAUAUGAAUUUGUAUGAAAAUUUAAUAAUAUAGAUUCAGUUAGUGGAUUAUUAGUUUUACCUUGUGUUGAUCCUAAUAAACAUACUAUAUAUGUUUUUAAUGUUCGUAAUAAUGUUGUUGUUAUUCGUAAUUGUGUAUAUGAUGAAUUAUUAUCAGAUAAUAGAAUAAUUAGAUCAAUUAAUAAUACUAGUUUAGUAAUUGAUAAAGGUCAAUAUGUAUUCUUAAAAAUAGAUAAUUAUCUUACUACUUUCUCUAAAUAUUUAAAAAAUGUUAAAAAUGAUCUAAUUCUUGAGAAUGUUAAAUAUAAUAAAAUUGCUAAGAAAGGUAGUACACCUAGUAUAGGUUCUUUUGAUAUAGAAACUGCUCGUAUAGGUGAUGAUUAUGUUGUUAUAGCUCUUGGUUAUAGUUGUUUUAAUAGUUUUCUAAGAUCUUUAUAUUAUAGAGAUUAUAUUAAUGAUAUAAACUAUAAUAUAUUUAGUAUUUAUAAUUAUAUGAUUAGUUCUAUUAAACGUAUAAAUUAUAAAGAGAUAUCAAAUAUAAUGGUAAUAGAUUGUUUAAGAAAAAUGCUUACUGAUUAUAAUGAUUAUACUUUUUAUUGUCAUAAUUUUGGUAAAUUUGAUAGUAUAUAUAUAUUAAAUAGUAUAUUGAUACACAAUAAGAAUAAUCCUUUAGAUAUAUUUAAUUGUGAAUUUCUAUAUAGAGAUAAUAUAUUAAUAAAAUUAACAGUAAGUAUUAAGAUAGAUGAUAAUAUACAUAAAAUACAUUUUCUAGAUAGUUAUGUAUUAUUAACUAAUUCUUUAUCUAAGUUAGCUAAUGAUUUUAAUAUUAAUGAGAGUAAAGGUUACUUUCCUUAUUCUUUUGUUAAUGAAUCUACAUUAGAUUAUGUAGGUACUACACCCUCAAUAGAAUAUUAUCCUAAUAUAAGUAAUGAUGAAUAUAAUGAAAUCUAUAAAACUAAUUAUAGUUUAAAAGAUGAUUUAUUAAAUUAUUUAAAACAAGAUCUUAAGGUCUUAUUAUUAAUAAUGGAAUGUUUUAGAAAUACAUUAUAUGUUUCUUUUCGUAUAGAUUUAAUUAAAAAUCCUACUAUAUCUAGAUUAUCUUUAAAUGUAUUUAAACAAUUAUUUAGUAAAGAUUAUAUGUCUAUACCUGAAGUUAAUGUACAUAAUGUUUAUACGUUUGUUAGUAAAACACUCUUUGGUGGUAUAACUACUGUAUAUAAACCUUAUGGUAAAGAUUUAUAUUAUUAUGAUAUUAAUUCUUUUUAUCCUUUUUCUGCUCUUAAUAAGAUGCCUGGUAAUAGAUAUACUUUUAUAGCUUAUAAAACACCUAUAUUAAUAACAGAUAUAGAAAAGUCUAUAUUUAAUUUUGAUAAUAAUAUUGGUUAUUUUAAAGCUUAUGUAGAAUCACCUUUAGAUUUACCUUUUGGUUUAUUACCUUAUAAAACUGAUAAUGGUGUAUUAUAUCCUUUAGGUAAUUUUAAUGGUUAUUGAACUAGUGUAGAAUUGAAAUUAGCUUUAGAUAAUGGUUAUAAAAUAUAUAUUUAUGAAGGUUAUGUAUUUAAUACUAUGAAUUCUCCAUUUACAAAUUAUGUAAAUCAUUUCUAUAUGUUAAAAAGUAGAUGUUCUGGUGCUGAUAGAGUAUUAUUUAAAUCAUUAUUAAAUAAUUUAAUAGGUAGAUUAGGUAUUAAGCAUAAUCAUAAAAGAACAUUUCUUUUAGAUAAACCUAUAUUUGAUUUAUUAAGUAUAGGUUAUAAAUUAGAAAAUACUCAUGAAAUUGUAGAUUCUUACCUUAUAACUAGUAAUUUUAGACCUAAAAUGUCCAAGAUAUUAGAUAAUAUAGAUAUUAAUAAAUAUUAUAGUGCUAGUAGUGAAUGAUUAGCUAAUAAUAAGGUAAAAACUAAAACACCUAUAUAUAAGGAAUCUUCUGUAAUUAUGACUUCUAUAAUUAAUUCUUAUUCUCGUGUAUAUCUUAAUAAACUUAAACUUCAUUUAUUAAGUCUAGGUUAUACUUUAUACUAUUGUGAUACUGAUAGUCUUAUUAUAGAUAAGGAAUUACCUAGUGAAUAUGUUGGUACUGAGUUAGGUCAAUUUAAAUUAGAACAUACUAUUAGUGAAGGUUAUUUUAUAUCUGGUAAAUUAUAUCAUCUUAUUAAUAAUGAUGGUUCUAUAAAAUCUGUAGCUAAAGGUAUCACUGAAUCCCUAACUACUAAUGAUUAUAAAGAUUUACUUAAUAGAAUAAAUGUCUCUGCUGAUAAAUUAUCCUCUAUAAGACAUUAUAGUGAAGGUUAUGUAAGUAUAGAUAAUAUGAAAAUUGUUAUUAAUCAUGAUUCUUUUGAUAAAAGAAGAAAAAUAUAUAUCAAUAAUAUAUGAUCGGAUACUACACCUAUAAUAAUAAAUGAAGAAAUAUUGUAA